UUUCGCAAACACCGGUGUGCGUUGGUACAGUGGCGUUGGUCCAAGGUGGUGUUGCCCAAGACGAAAGUUGUAACUUGAACAAGGCUUCUACAUGAAUCAUCUACUUGUGUGCCUAGCGUUAAUACAUUAACUCGUGUGUGGUUACCGCUUUCCGUGCCUUUGCCAUACCCCUGCGAAAAGACAUGACGGCGUUUUCCAAGCUCAAGGCGGUAGUAACCACACUAUUUACCAAACACCUGUUUGUUACUAACGUCGUUCUCGGCACAGGCUUCAUGAUGGUCGGUGACACGAUGCAACAAAGCUACGAAAUCUACGCUGGAAAAGAGAAAGAAAUUGACACGAAGAGAUCAAAGAAUAUGCUGAUUGUCGGCGGCACAUUCGGCGUUUGCGGUCACAAGUGGUACUCGUUUCUAGACCGUAAAUUUCCUGGGAAGACGCUAGGGAUGGUUGGACGCAAGCUGCUAUGCGAAUUCGCCAUCUGCCCUCCACUUGCAUUCAUCCUUUUCGUCGGCGUGGGUCUUCUGAACAGCAAGCCCUUCCAGCACAGCGUCACUGAAUUCAAGAAAAACAUCGUCCUCUUUUGCAUCGCUGAUUGGGGCUGCUUCGUUCCAGCACAGGCUCUCAACUUUUUCUUCUUACCUCCACGCUACCGCUUCCUUUACGUUUGUGGCCUCACAGUGGUCUACGACAUCUUCCUGUCAUUCAUCCUUCACAGGUUCAUGGCUUGGCUUGUGGCUUCGUGUGCAGUAGUGGGAUCUGGUGGACAUACACAGUGUACGAAAGGAUUCUCAUGAAGAGGAAAUCAAGAGUUGAUGGCAUAAUGUCUUGAUCAACUCAGGCACUGUCCAUGCGGCAAUAAAGCAUCUAUAGCAUGUACAUAUAGCGAUAGUACAUACAGUUUUAAGCUUAUUGUUAUUUCCUAGCAACUGUAGUUGUCACGCCUUUUAUAUUUUUCUUCAGCGUGUGCUUAGUAAGCGCAAUUUGAUGUAACAAAUGGUCCAAAUCCAAAGUGGAGUGCAUGAGAAGUUAGUGUUGGAGACAGUUCAAAUCAAGCAAGGACCUAAUGGACAAAGAGGUGCGCGAUUGAGUGUUAGCGUUCGGUUGACGGCCAAUUUCCAUAAAUGACGUACGCUUCUAAGCAGCACGAGCUAAUUGCUGUACCGUUAAAACGCUGUUUGUUGAUUGUGCUAGGAUGACAUCUGACGUUCGCUCUUUUUGCUGCAAAAUAUUUGCCGUAAAAAAGAAUCUAAUAAAAAAACAAUAAAAGGUGUUCUAAACGAACAA